AUGGGGAGAAUUAAGAAGGUAGCCAGCCAAAAGCAUGAGGCUACAAUCUCACCUUUUUUGCAAGAAUUCAUAGCGCAUGCCACAAGUCUUCCCGUUCCAGAGCUCCCGUCGCUUCUCAGCACAUUCCCUAAGCUAUGGCCAUUCCCACGCGGUGAUCUCUACCAUUGGAUCAAUGUCCUGGACCGAUUCGACGAGAUUCUGGCCUCAGCUGUGGAGAAAUACUCCCUGAAUACUGGCCCUCAGACGCAACUGUUCACCCGAAGUGUUCUGGAGGAAUCAUACUCGGCCGAUGAGAGCAAGAAGCCAGCAGAGGGUGUUGAUGCAAAACUAAAUGCCCUAGGAUACGGUCCUGAAGGAGAUAGAGAGCUUGUGGAAGCAGUUCUUGAUUUCUCUCGUCUUUUGCUUGAGAAAUGUGGGAACCGCAGCCUGUACAGCAGCAGUGAUCGCCUGGGUGACCUGUUGAAUACCACCUCACUCUCUCUCCUACAAUCUACAUUGCGGCUGUCUCUUUGCUUAGCUCAACGAUACCACUCUCGCCAGCGUGGCACCCAUCAACAGUCCGUAUUGCAGUCCCACUAUGCUCUUGACCUCGAAAAGUUGCAGAAGAUUGCAGCACCUUUCCCGCGUCCAGUCAUCGCUAGUAAAACACCAUUUGCCGCAUCCCCUGCCAUUUUAACCAAGGGGAAGGAAAAUACAGCCCAGACAAAAGUCAACGCUAACGAACUGGUUUCCCUUGUGCGUGACGACGAUGGCUGGGAGGAAUGGGGAGAUGCCCGAGUUCUCUACUAUCCCUCGGGCUCCGAACAGGCCAGAAUGACCUCCGAAUUUGGCCAAACAGAGCAGGGCUCGCACGUUCCGACCACGCCAACCCCAUUGCGACGCAGUGCCACACACCCCACUCAUUCCAAUCAGGGCUCAAAUGGAGAUGAAUCACCAGCUGUUCCCGGUGGAAAGGCGGAAGAGGCCACGCGAGGCAAAAUCCUAGAGCUUCCCUAUUCAAAAGUUUCAACUGCAAAAGUGGAAGAUCUUCUUGCGGCCAACUUGCCUCAUCUGCCACUUGAAUCAAAAUAUGAGUUGCUUCAAAAGCUCCGAGUCGCCAAGGCGUUGACAACGUCCCGUGCCACGCGAGAACAGAUCCUUUCCAUCAAGGCACUGGCAGUAACCAACCUGGCCCAUGUCCAGCCGGAGAGUACCUUCCAGUCAAAGGUUCUUCAAUUCGAUCUGGAACAACCCAAGCGUCUUCAACUUGCUUACCAGCUUGCUGAAGUCGUUCAUCUCGGUGCCAGUGGUGACCUCGAGGUCUCCCGGUCUGUCCAAACUUUGGCGAUCCAGGCACUGGAUGCGUUGGCCAAGCACAAGUCUCGUGCAGUUGAUGUCUGUGCAGCUUUGAGCGUCAAUGUCAACCAUGGAAUUCUCAUGUUCUUGACCCGUAAAAUGGUCAAUGAACUAGGCCCUGAGAACAACGACCCGGAUGAUGCCUACUAUGAUGAGUGGCGAGAUGCUUUGCUUGCACUCCUACGCACUCUCCCAAGCUCCAGCACACGUACACCGGAGACCCUGGUUGCAGCGGGUCUGAUUCCCAUGUUUGUUGACAUUUUGAAUCUGCGGACUGAAAAGUCCCGCCGAGUCUAUUCCCGCAUCAUGGAGUUCCUUGACACAUUUGUGCAUGCGGUCCGUGAUGCACUGGGUACACUGACAACAGCAAGGGGCUUUGACGCCAUGUCUGAUUUGAUUGACCACGAAACCAAGACCGCAUUCGAGAAGGUCAAUCGCGGGGAUGGUUUCCCUGCUCAAUACAAGAACCCUUCGAUUGACUAUCAGAUUCCUUACUUUCAACAGCAGACCCUGCGCUGGAUGUUCCGUUUCGUGAACCACAUCAUGCAGCACAAUGGCGGAGGCUUCGAUCGUGUUCUGCGAAACUUGAUUGAUUCGCCUCAGCUGUUGACUUCUCUUCGCCUUGUAUUCGAGAAUGCUCGGGUGUUCGGUUCACAUGUAUGGAGCAAUGCUGUCAACAUUCUCAGCAGCUUCAUUCACAACGAGCCUACUAGUUAUGCUGUCAUCGCCGAGGCUGGCCUCAGCAGGAGCCUUCUCGCUGCCGUCAUGGGCCGUGAACUCCACGUGCUGGAGAAGCCGCCGGCUGUGGAGCCGGAAGAACGCGAGACUGAAGCCGAGACUGAGGCCGAACCCGCCGCCACUCAACCACCCAGCGCUGAAGCCGCUAGACAGUCUGAGGAAAAGCAGAAAGAUCGCGAGUAUCCUAUCGUCAGACCCCAGAAUACCCCUCUUGCACCUGGCAUAAUGCCCGCAGCCGAUGCUCUUGCUUGUAUUCCUGGUGCGUUCGGAGCCAUCUGCUUGAACUCCUCUGGUUUGGACCUCUUCCAGUCCUCCGACGCACUUGAAAGCUUCUUCGAGAUCUUCGAGAACCCUGAGCAUGUCAAGUGCCUGAAGGAUGACCCAGAACUGGUUCGUUCGUUGGGCACGACCUUUGAUGAGCUUGUCCGACACCACCCGGCAUUGAAAACCUCUAUUAUGUCUGCCGUUCUUGUAAUGGCUGCUCGUGUCAACAUUCUGGGGCGAGUCAAGGCAUGGGAGCUAGGUAUGGGCACAAAGAUGUGGACUCAAGACUCGGACGGCAAAACGACUCUUUUAGGAGAUGUCUUUUCAUUGUUCCGAGAAAUCGGCACAGCGGUUGAUGCACCCACAGACGACCCUGCCUCGUUUGGUGCGCCCCAGCUCAACGCGAGCACUCUUCCUGGCGGCGUUAAGCUUGUCGUUGGCCAUCUGGAUCAUGUUCUUCCUUCGCCGGGCCCCGACUUCGAGCCUAAAGAGAAGGAUGCCCAUGGUCUCUCGGCUACGGACUACCUGUUCCCAGCUUUGCGAUUCCUGGGCGCUUUCUUCGAGAACCAGACGAACUGCACAUCCUUCAUCCUGGCCGGCGGCACAGAGUUCUUGUUGGAUCUUGCCACACUCCAAAGCUUGGCAUUUGAUUUCCACAACACCAACGCCAACCAAGAGAUCACCGUGCUCAUUCACAUGCUCGCGGAGACCAAGCCUCACCUUGUGCUCCCGUCUCUCCUUCGACGCGCACAGGCAGCAGUGGACAAUCUUUCGGCCUUUUGGACUGCGCCCACUGGGUCAGGAUUCUUCACAGAAUUGAUUAAACCAGCAGACUCCAAAAAACCGGCUGGGGAGCCUACAGCUGCUGCUAAAUCUGGCACAUUUUUCGUGAGACACUUGAAUGCCGUUCUUCUCCUCACCGACGUCCUACGCGAGGUUUUCGCGUCGCCACUGUACCAAACUCGACCUGGUCAACCUACCUCCAUCUUUGGCCAAGCCAACCUUGCGGACCAUUACUGUUCCCUGAUCUCCUCAUUGAGCAACCUUCUUGCUUCUUGCGUGUGGGAAGGGAUUUUGCUGGAGAAGAACAUCCCUGAGAAGUGGCUGAAAGCCACACAGGCCUCUGCUGAAAAGCUUGGCUCUGAAAAGUCAAAGGCUGCUCCAGUUACUGGGAACCCCCAUGAGUCUUCAGCAACGUCUGGCGCCGAACCUCAACUGCAGAGCAUUGGUGCACCAGAAACUGCUCCGGCUCAACCGGGCCAGAUCUCGAGAGAAGAAGACACCGAAGUCGAUGAACAGUGUCCUGCUUUCAAGAAUGCCCGUACACUUCGCUACCUUCUAAGCGCUCUGCCAACCUCGAUUACGGGUUUCUUGCAUAACCUCGGACUCGGUAUUAUCGGCAAAAGACGCACAGAUCCGCUUCAGAAACAGAAGGCGAAUGCUAUCCUAGUCUCAGACGCCAUUGCUGAAGGUAUUCUUCGCCAACUGCAGUUCGACCCUGCCAAUUCGAGUGAUAGCGCCAAGCACCGGUUCGCAUAUCUCAUUGUCAUUCUUUCUCACUUCUCGCACCUUCUCUAUGAAGUCUCAGCAGAGCGUCCCACUCCGAACUACUUGACUUCAGUUCUCGUUUCAUUCAAUAAAAACAACGGACUCAAAGUGUUGAAGGAUAUCUGUGACGUUUUCUUGGGCGACAUCAAGUCCCUUCCAUCUGCGGAGUCCAUUCCCGACCAGGACAAAGAGCUUGCUGACCGGCUUGCAUCUGGGUACGGCGGAAUUAAGAUCAUCCUUGGACUGUUCGCAGACCUCACUGCUGGGAAAUUCAUCGUGGACUCUAGCCAGACACAAGCCUUGACUUCUCACCCUGAACGGGACCGAGACCGUCCCGAUUACUUCCAGCCGGGCCAACUCUUGGUGGAACUUCGCAUGGAGAUUUUGCCCAUGGCCAAAGAUAUGUGGAACUCGGACUUUGCGACCCAAUCAUCGAGUCCAAUUGUCCGAUUGCUGAUUGAUAUCAUGCGGUCCUCCUUGGAUGGUGAAUACGAGACUGGCGCGGCUCGUAAAGCAGAUACCAUGCCCAUCUUGGUAGAGAUGCCCAAGAAACCAUUCGUUGUUCACACGGAACGAGCAAAUGCCCUGAUCGGAAAAGGGUACAUGGAUGUUGAUCUUAACAAAGAAGCCCUUUAUCGUUGCAACAAUCUUUUGAUGGCAGCCGAGGAAUACUGCAAGGCGCAGCGGUGGCUACGAACCCCUCCCAGAGUCCCCCCGGGUCCCGGCGAUAUCAAAACCGGAGUACCCGAGUCUGCUUCUGGCAUUGACUCCCUCGAGGACCCUGGUCUUGGAGAUGUUCAACCUUUCAAUAGCACCAAUCCGAUAGACAGCGCUGCGACACUCCAAAUGCUUCUGGCUCGAGCAGCCCGAGGUGAGGGAUUGCAACGUUCUCCUUUCCCCGGAGGCGAUCUUGACUCCGACAUGCACGACGGGUUGGCUAGAGCCCUAGACAAUGUUCUCAACGACAAUGAUGACGUGGAUAGCGAUGACCGAGGGGAAUCAUCGAACCAGCAUCGUUCCGAGAGUCGUAAUAUCGGGACAAGCUCCUCCGAACCUAGCGGGGCCUCCCAGGGAGAACCGGCCAGACGUCGCCACAUGGUCACAAUCGAAGAUCUGGAUGCAGAGAGGCAAAACAUUCGGUCAAACCUGAUCGAUCGGGCUUUGGACAUUCUAAACGAACACCAUGAUGUCUCUUUCGAGCUGUCUGACUUGAUAACUUCAGCUAUCAAGAAGCAUAGCGAGCCUGUCAACUUCCGUCGAGACAUUGGAGAGACCCUCGUUCAAUCCCUAGUCUCCCUGCAGAUGGAGAACUUCCAGACAGCUGGCAAAAAGAUUGCGGCCUAUGCACACAUUCUCGCGCUGACCCUUCAAGAUCGCGAUAUGUACCGCGCCACUCUUGAAGAGCUCAAAGAUUGCUUCUCGACUUUCCUUGGAUUUAUCAAGCUCCCAACACCCGAGAAGGCCGAUCAGGAAACCUUCCCUUGGGUUGGACAUGUCCUGCUCAUUCUCGAGAAGUUGUUGUCUAGUGAUUGUCGGCCUCCCAAGAUCGACUGGAUCCCGCCGAGUGUUGAUGAUCCCAGCCCCAGCGGCGAUGAACCAGCCCGUCUUGAAGAGCCCCUUGUCUCCCUCGAGAAAAAGACCCAGCUAUUUGAAGCUCUUGUUGAGAUCCUACCCCGAGUGGGCAAGGAUGAUACACUGGCACUCUCCAUUUGCCGUGUCCUUGUCAUUCUCACCCGCCAGCGUAGCAUUGCCGCCCGCUUUGGCGAAAAGCGAAACCUUCAGCGCUUGUUUGUGAUGGUUAAGCAACUUUCUAGUGCAACAAAUGAUAAACUCCAAAGCGCAUUUAUGUUGAUCCUUCGUCACAUCGUUGAGGAUGAAGCUACUAUCCGGCAGAUCAUGAGGAGCGAAAUUGUUGCCAACUUUGAGUCCAAGAAUACCCGUCAGAUCGACGUGAGCGGCUAUGUGCGACAGAUGCAUCACCUCGUGCUGAGAGCUCCUGAUAUCUUUGUGGAGGUUACAAAUGAAAAGCUGCGGUUGCUCCGAUAUGACAACCAGCGUCCACAGGUUCUUGGAUUGAAAGCCGACAAAGAUCGGCAGCAAAAGCGAGGGAGGCCCAGUAUCCUUCUCGAAGAACACGAGCCAGAAUCAUCUGCAGCAGGCGAAGCAUCUGCCCCCGAAGACACCGACAAGGGCAAGGAGGACAAGGGCAAGGCCCCAACCAAGGGUGCCGAACUCAAAGCCCCAAUUGUGGAGAAACCUGAUGGUGUUAUUCAUUACCUGCUUUCGGAGCUUCUAUCCUACAAGGAUGUGGACGACAAAGAAGCCGCUCCUGAAUUCCCAGAGCAUGCAGCUGACCAAUCUGAUACUCAAACUGACGUUGAGAUGGCCGUGGACGAGCCAACACCUUCAAUUUCGAGCACUGCCGAAGCACAAGCAUCUCGCGGGUUCAAGAAGGCAGAGAAGCCACAAUUCAAGGCAGAUGACCAUCCCAUUUACAUCUACCGCUGCUUGCUCCUUCAGUGCUUGACGGAACUUCUUUGCUCUUACAACCGGACUAAGGUCGAGUUCAUCAACUUUUCCCGCAAGGCUGAUCCUCUGGCCACUACGCCCUCCAAACCGCGCUCUGGUGUCCUGAACUAUAUGUUGAACGUGCUUGUCCCACUCGGUACCAUGGAGCAUGAUGAGUCUUUGGCAUUCAAAAAGCGCAGCAUCACCUCCACAUGGACUAUGCAAGUCCUUGUUGCGCUUUGCACCAAGACCGGCGAAUUUGGCGGUGUUGGUAGGCGUCGUACUGAUCCAAAGUAUGAGGAGGAUGAGCCUGAGCUUGCUUUUGUCCGCCGUUUUGUGCUGGAGCAUGCUCUCCGGUCCUACAAAGAUGCUAUGGCCUCUACCGAACCCCUAAAUGCUAAGUAUUCCAAGCUCAUGUCUCUUGCUGACCUCUUCGAUAAAAUGCUCAGCGGGUACUCCUUUACCAACGACGCGGGCUUCCCAACUUCAACCAGGCAGCUCGCGAAGACCAUGUUCGAGAAGAAUUUUAUCCCCGCGCUCACUUCAUCAGUCGCCGACGUCGACUUAAAUUUCCCAUCCUCCAGACGUGUCAUCAAGUAUAUUCUUCGUCCAUUGAAUAAACUUACCCAGACUGCCGUACUUCUCAGCGAGAACUCUGACAUCACUAUCCAAGGUGAUAAUGAGGACGAUGAUAUCUCGUCAGCAACUUCCGUUUCCGACAUGGAAGAUGAACGUGAAGAAACACCUGACCUCUUCCGCCACUCUACUCUUGGCAUGCUAGAACCUCGUCAUGACGAGGAAGAGAGCAGCACCGAAGAAUCGGAGGGUGAGGAUGAUGAGAUGUACGACGAUGAAUAUGACGAGGAGAUGGACUACGACGAGGAUGUCGCUGAAGAUGAUGGUGAAGUCGUCAGUGACGAAGAUGAUGAUGGCAUGGGUCCAAUCGAAGGUCUUUCCGGAGAUGCAGUCGAAGUCAUCCUCGACGAAGAUGAUGACGAAGACGAGGAUGAUGACGAUGAAGAUCAUGACCAUUCGGACAUGCAUGAUGACAUGUAUGACGGAGAAAUCGGUGGUGACCGAGACAACGAAAGCCUCGAAGAUGGCGACGAGGACGAAUGGGAAAGUGAAGAAAUGACCGAAGACGAAGAGGAAGUCGAGAUGAUGAACCAAUUCGAAGAUGAAAUGGCCGACAUCAGACAAUCCACCCGACAUCAAGGUGAAGACCGACACCUUGGCGACCUAUUCCGUGCCCUCAAUGGUUCUGGUGUCGAUGAUGUCCAUGGAGAUGGCCUAGGUGGUGACAUCCACGAAGAAAUUGAUGACCUCGAUGAAGAUGUUGAAGACGAAGACGAAAUGGAUGAACUUGACGAAGACAUGGAUGACUUCGACGAAGAACAAGGAUCUUAUGGAGAUAUGGAAGAAGACGAUGAUCUUCUUGAGCCAUGGGGAUGGGAAGGCGAUGAACCUUCAACGGCCCGAGGACAUCCCCAAUCCCGCUUCCGCGGAGGCCCACCACCGGCCUGGGCUACCGUCACUGAAAUCAUGCCGGGUCGCCCAUCCGGUCUUGUUCCCAUCCAGCCUUACCACCGCGUCCACCGAACCCAAAUCCCUUCCCGCGGCAACGACGAUGGCAUUAAUCCUCUUCUUGUCCGCACUGACCGCCCAGACCCUGCUGUUCCACCUCGGGCUGCUGCUGAUCCUUUCGCCGAUUGGGGCCAGGACCCUGCAGGUGGUCGGGUUGUCGCCAUGGAUAGCCCCAUCAGUUUCAUGAAUGCCAUUAUGCAAGCCAUUGGCGGACAGGCGGCACCAGGUUUCGGUGUUGUCACUCGCCCUGAUGGUAUUCAUGUCCAUGUCGACCGACGGGCAGUCUUGCCUGGUCGUAUCCAGGAUAUGCUUGGAAUCCCCCGAGGAGCAGGCCCUCCAACUCGCACUCGCGGCGAUGACCCUCAGACUGCCGUCAAGUUUGGUCUUGGUACCACCAGAAACCGCUGGCAAGAAGAGUCCCGCAUUAUUUUCGGCAGCCAGUGGUCUGAGCGGGCCCAGCGCGUCAUCAACUCCAUUCUGAGGCUCUUGGUUCCCCCUGCCAUUGAAGAGGAGAAGCAGCGCAAGAAGCUCGCGGAAGAGGAACGCAAACGUCUUGAAGCCGAAAGGGCUGAAAAAGAACGCCAAGAUCGCAUUGCCGCCGAAGAAAAGCAGCGCGAGCUUAAGCAAAAGGAGGAGGAAGAAAGCGCCCGACUACAGGCAGAGAAAGAACAGCAGGAAGCCGAGCGUCAAGCUGCUGGGGUCGAUGAGCCCAUGGAAGACGUCCAAGAAACUGUCACUGCGGUUGAAACCGCUGGCCCGUCUCAACCCGAAGCCCAGCCCACUGAACCUGCUCGUCGAGUCUACACGAACAUCAGGGGCCGUCAAGUUGAUAUCACAGGUCUGGAGAUCGAUUCAGAAUAUCUGGAGGCUCUGCCUGAGGAACUUCGGGAGGAAGUCAUUAUGCAACAGCUUGCUGAACAUCGGUCCCAGGCUGCCGCCGCGGGUGAGGAGGAUACUGAGAUAAACCAAGAAUUCCUUGAGGCCUUGCCUGCUGAGAUACGCGAAGAAUUGCUGCAACAAGAAGCGGCCGAUCGACGCCGGCGGGAACGUGAGACCGCGCGACGGCAGGCCGCCGCUGCUGGUGGUGCUGGCGCUACAGCUUCUAGCACUCAACCGGCGGAAGAAAUGGAUGCUGUCAGCUUCCUUGCCACUCUCGAUCCCUCUUUGCGUCAGGCUGUUUUGGCCGAUCAGCCCGAGGAUGUUCUCGCAACCUUGGGUCCAGAGUACGUGACCGAGGCCCGUGGUAUGGGUGGCAGCGGCCGACGCAUGGCCCAGUUUGGUGACAUGAGUGCCAUUGAUCACCGACAGAGAAUUGAGCCUGCUGCAGGCCAAGAGCCGAAGAAAGAACAGAGACGCCAAAUUGUUCAAAUGCUCGACAAGGCUGGCGUUGCAACCCUUCUACGCCUGAUGUUUAUGCCUCUCCAGGGCAACGCUCGCCAUCAAUUGAAUGAUAUUCUUCACAAUGUUUGCGAGAACCGCCAGAACCGGAGUGAGGUGAUCAGCGUUCUUCUUUCGAUUUUGCAGGAUGGCAGCGUUGAUUCCACUGCGAUUGAACGCAGCUUUUCUCAUCUUUCUCUGCGUGCAAAGGCACCAGGAGUACAGAAGACGCCGCAGUCUAAGCGAACCCUCGCUCUCCAAACUGCUUCGAGCGUCAGCAGCGAAGUGACCCCAAUUAUGGUCAUCCAACAAUGUAUCGCCACGCUGUCUUUCCUUUCGCAGUUCAACCCUCACAUUGCUUGGUUCUUCCUGACGGAGCAUGACUCUGCCUCGGCUGGUAAACUCAAGUCAUUGCGCAAGGGCAAAGGCAAAGAAAAUCGAGCUAACAAGUUCGCUCUGAAUGCCCUGCUUUCUCUCCUUGACCGCAAGUUAAUAAUGGAAAGCCCUAAUUGUAUGGAGCAACUUUCCAGCCUCCUUAGCAGCAUCACACAGCCAUUGACUGUUCUCCUUCGUCGUGAGAAGGAGCGACAGGAGGAGGGCAAGGGCAAGAAGCCCGAGAGACCUCAAAUCGAAGCUGCCGAUCAACCUGCCGAGGCUGCCGAUUCCAGUCUGGACACAUCCAUGACCGAUGCUCCCCUGCCCACUGUGGAAACCCUUGGAGCCCUUGGGGAAGAGACCGCAGAGGGUGAAGAGGCUACUUCAGUUGAAGCCAAGAAAUCUGAAGUCUCCAAGGAGCCCACCGGGGACGAGAAGCGCAAGAAGCGAACCAUCGAGCCUCCUGUCGUUCCGGAUCACAACUUCCGACUGGUUGUCCACAUCCUUGCCGCUCGUGAGUGCAAUGGCAAGACAUUCCGCGACACACUUUCCACCAUCAACAAUCUUUCCGCUAUUCCUGGAGCUAGAGACGUGAUCGGCAAUGAAUUGGUUGCUCAAGCGCGGUCCCUUAGCGAUACCAUCCUGGGUGAUUUGGAGGACCUUCUCCCUCAUAUCCACCAGGCCAGGACUGGCACCGACAUGCAAGGCCUUGCUCUAGCCAAGUUCUCCCCAGCUAGCUCAGACCAGGCGAAGUUGCUACGUAUCCUGACCGCGCUUGAUUAUCUGUUUGACCAGGCACGAGCGGACAAGUCCAAAGAUAUUGAGCCUGGAUCCGCUCCAAAGGAGGAUGUGCUCAAGAAACUCUAUGAAAGCGCUACUUUCGGCCCGCUUUGGAGCAAGCUGAGCGACUGCUUGACUGCCAUUCGGCAGAAGGAAAACAUGCUGAACGUGGCUACUGUUCUCCUCCCUCUCAUUGAGGCAUUGAUGGUCGUCUGCAAGAACACCACGCUGAAGGACCAGCCGCUGUCUCGCGGCAGCCGUGAAUUGUCAGUCAACAGCAGCGCCCCAGCUGAUGCUGGUCUCAGCAUGGAGAACAUCUUCUUCAGGUUUACCGAAGAGCAUCGCAAAAUUCUCAAUGAGCUUGUCCGCCAGAACCCUCGCCUGAUGAGCGGCACAUUCUCCUUAUUGGUAAAGAACCCCAAGGUCUUGGAAUUCGACAACAAGCGCAACUACUUUACUCGUCGUGUCCACUCCCGGGGUGCCGAGCCUCGCCACCCUCAUCCUCCUCUUCAGCUGUCUGUGCGCAGAUCUGAGGUUUUCCUUGACUCUUUCAAGUCCUUGUACUUCAAGAGCGCAGAUGAGUUGAAGUAUGGCAAAUUGAACGUACGAUUCCACGGCGAGGAGGGUGUCGAUGCUGGUGGUGUCACCAGAGAAUGGUUCCAGGUUCUUGCCCGCGGCAUGUUCAACCCCAACUACGCUUUGUUCAUCCCUGUCGCCGCUGAUCGGACUACCUUCCAUCCGAAUCGCCUUAGUGGCGUCAACUCGGAACAUCUCAUGUUCUUCAAAUUCAUCGGGCGGAUCAUUGGCAAGGCCUUUUUACAAGAAUAUCCUCGGACGAUCUGUGUCUAUCAAGGACAUGGAAACGCUCGACCUGGACUACUACAAAUCACUUCUGUGGAUGCUGGAGAACGACAUUACCGAUAUCAUUACUGA